GUAGAUAGAUAGGUAAUAAAAACUGUAUUUCUGAUAUCAUAAAGCAAUAUAAUACAAUACAAUACAGCACAGAACACAACACAAAACAAUAUUAAGAUUAUAUUUGUGCUUCCUGUCCUAUAAGUACACAACACUGACACUCCCACAUACCAGGAUGUUGACUGUAGUGUAUAGAGUAUAAAACUGAAUCUGUUCCACAUUAUAAUCAUUUACUUAUGCAAGUUUAAUUAAAUAAGCUAUUAAAAUUAACAGUGAGAUGUUAGUGUGAGCACUCGUGCGUGUACGAGUAAACCACAUUUUCCAUUAUGUCAUAAUACAUCAUGAUAUCUCUGUGCAACACCAAAACACAAGUAUGGAAAAAUGUGGUGUAGAUGUAGGCAGAUCAGAACACCACGUGCUUGCAGUUCAUACCUUUUUUUUAAUACCCAACCAAUCACAUGCCAUAUUCUGGUUGUGCUCAGUUCAGACCAUCUGAAGUAUAAAUAUAACUUCAAACCAUGCUUCAAGUGCAUUCAUAUUCUGUUCGUAAAUGAAAUAAAAGCUCUGUAGAAUUUCAAAGAAAUGAACAAUGACCAGUUUCUGGAUUUUAAUUUUGAUCUUCAGCACCAUGUAUACAGUCCAACCUGCUGGACACUGGGUUACUGCACAAUCCCUCACAGAGUCACCAGUUUAUCAGCCUGAUAAAGAGCUCAUUGUGAACAUCGGAGACUCGGCUACUCUACGGUGUUGUUACAAUGCUGAAAAUGUAGUUGGAAUAAUAGACUUUUUUAAGCAACCAAACAGAAAUAAGCCUCAGAUUAUAGUCACAGUAUAUAAAACUACUGGAGAGACAUUUUACAAUGAAUCCCACGAGUCUCAUUUUCGAAUAGAAAGAUCUUCAAACUGCUUCAGUAUGACCAUUUUAAACAUCACUCAGUCUGAUGAAGCCAUGUACUUCUGUGCAGUGACAAAAUCCGACAUUAUAUUUGGAGAUGGAACUUAUUUGAAAAUCAAAGAAACAUAUAAACCUCUGUGGAAUAAUUCUGUGGUGUGUGAACCAACACUGCAUGGAAACAACACUAACAUGAACUCACAACACAAAACAGUGAUCGGUUUGGGAACGGCUUUGGGUUUGUGCGCACUUCUGAUUUUCUGCCUCACUUAUUACAUACUGAGGAGAAGAAAAUGUGAUAAAUUAAAUGCUUCUACACAAGAUUAUCUAGGAACAAGGCAGGAAUAUGAAGAAGAAACUCUGAAUUACACACCUUUGCAAUUCUCCAAGAAGAAAGCCAAAGCUGAAAAAAGAAAAACUGGCUCAUCAGUUGAGUGUGUGUACUCUGAUGUGAAUACAACUGUACGAUAUAACAGUUGAUUCAUAAAACACUGAAGCACAUGAAAAAAAAAAAAAAAAAUAGUGAUAAUGUUUUAGCAAAUUAAAUAUCUUGACUACAUGCAAAUUUAUUUUAGAUUUUCUUUAAAAACUUUAAAAACUGAUUACUAAAGAUUAUUUAACAAAUAUGUUAUACUAAUUUUAAACUUGACCGAUUUUACAUUAAACUUAUAAUUAUACUUAUUAAACAUAUUUUAAUAAAUUUCAUAUUCAAAAUAUUGUUGUUUUUUUAGUCUAUCUUCCGUUUCCUGUUAUUAACCUGAAGGACAGAGAACUUUGUAAAACUCUCUAUUUUUAUAUGACUACAAUGUUGCACUUUGUGGAGAUUUUAUAGUAUAAUCUGUAUGACUCUGAUAUUUACUGAAGACACAAUAAAUGUAAGUAUG